CCUCCUUGAACCGAUAUUCUGGUUCGUGGGCCCGUUCCCUAUCCCUGCCCGUGUUCCUGAAUAAACAGCCUUCGGCUCUCCAAAGGAGAACGCGUCCGUUCGCCGCUUCGUCAGCGCCAUUCCAGGCGCGCCCUCACGAUGCCGCGCUCCCGGGCUCAGAGGUGAGUCGCUCUUCGGGAGCCUGUGACCGCCCGCCCGUUGUGACUCGUGGGCAGUGCCCAGCUCCCUCUGGGGGAGAACCGUGCCCUGAUUUCCAGCCUGAUCCCCGCAGCGCUCGGGACGCCCGGCCCGCGCUCCCCUUGGCCGGCGCUGCCCGAGCUCGCUCUGCAGGGCCCCGUCACGGAGCCCAGCCCCACAGCACAUCCGGCCGGACGCGUUUGCCUCCUGAACCAAAGGAACUAACAGCAAACGCCUCUCAGGACUUUAUCAGUGUUUACAGACUAUUUCUGGAGGACAUUUAAAAUGAUCGCAGCAGUCGCAAGGCCGGUCAGUCCAAAUUGACCUGUUUAACAAACUCAGGUGAGAACCUGGGACUGUGCUGUCAGUGCAUUAGCAGAAGGAAGUAAUGCUUCCUGCAGGAAAGUUGGCAGUUUCGACCUAUUAGAAGCAAGCCAUGAUCUGACUGGAAGAUUAAAACAGAGCAAGCCAAACUGCAGCAGUAACACCAACUCACUCUGCAGGAGCAUAGUUCAGAGGGGGAUUAUGGCUAGUGGACUGCAGAUAAGAGUUGAGGAAAGCGGCUACAAGAAUCUGUUUUGCAUUCCUAGGCAUUACGAAGAAGAUUUAGAAAGAGUCUUCGUUCCUCAUGGAUUCAUCCUGGACAGGACAGAAUGCUUGGCUAGAGAUACCAUGCAAGACAUGAGAAGUCAUCACAUUGUUGCGCUCUGUGUCCUUAAAGGAGGCUAUAAAUUCUUUGCUGAUUUGCUGGAGCAUGAGCAUAUGAAAGCACUCAAUCAAAAUGGUGGUAAAUCUCUGCCUGUUACUGUGGAUUUCGUCAGAAUAAAAAGCUACUGUAAUGAUUCACCUGCAGAAAAAAUCAGUUUUAUUGCAGAGGAACCAUCCACACUAAAUGGGAAAAACGUGUUAGUAGUAGAGGAUAACUCAUUUUUUUACCUCUUUCAUGACAUUACUGAGACUGGUAGAAUAAUGAAAGCACUGCAGUCAAAAAUAAAAGACAAGAAACCAAGGAUGGUAAAAGUUGCAAGCCUGCUCGUUAAAAGGAUAUGUCAGAGUCCAGGUUACAGACCAGACUACACAGGCUUUGAAAUUCCAGAUGAAAUUGUGGUUGGAUGUGCUCUUGACUGUAAUGAAUACUUCAGAGAUCUGAGUCACAUCUGUGUUCUGAAAGAGAAUGCCAAAGAGAAAUACAGCCUGUGAUAAUGUCAGUCUUCUGGAGCACUAAUUCCUGGCUGCUGAUGAGGUGGUAAACCAUGACACCAGGAAAUGACUUCUGUUGCUUGUGUGUCCCUGAGAAGAAGGAGAGGUAAAUGUCAGUGCGCAGGGCCUGCAGCUCGCUGAUUCCACGUGUGCUCUGCGCUGAACACCAAGUGUUGAGAGCCUGGGUUUUUGCCGCUGUGAAGGAGCAGCUCGGAGCUGGGUGCGAGGCUCCGGCGAUCCCGAGCGCUGCCGCCGUGCCCGUCACGUUCCGGGCCCCGGGGCGGAUUCGUCCCGCUCCGCCCGGGGCCCGAGGGGGCACCAAGGCUGCAACAGAGGGGACCGAGCGGGGAGCGAGGCGGGAUCGAGGGGGAAGAGGGGCGAGACCGAGGGGAGACCGAGCGGGGACAGAGGGGAAACCGAGGCGGGACCUAGGGGGAACGAGGGGAGACCGAGGCGGAAUCGAGGGGGGACCGAGGCCCGCCCAGCGCCACCGCCCCCGGCCCGGCCCGGCCCUCACAAUCGAGGGUUCCGCGGUUGCCCGGUAACCGCGAACGCGGCCACGGCGUCGGUGGCGGUGCUGCGUUCUCGGUUGCCCGGUGCGGCCUCAGUUGCCUGAGAUCGCGCUCCGGAUUGGAUGUUCCAGCCUGGGCGCCUGCAGGCGGCAACACUGAGCGAUUCGCGAAGUUCACCAAGUGAAUUGUUCGCGGAGCACUGGUCCCUGCGAGGCAGUCCUGCACUCGCAGGGCACUGGUC